CUGCAUAUCCGGUACCCCCAAUUGGUACGCUAAUGCUUGCUCACCGAUGGAGUUCGACGUGGGGGGUAAUAAUUGGUAAUUGCCAAGUUCACAAAACAGAAACCCCGCAGGAUUCCUUUUCUAUUUUUCUUCUCCUCCCCGGAUGCAACGGCUUCACAUAGCCCGCGGCCUGGUUUUUGAGCUGAAUCCCAUCAUGUCCGGAACGGAACCGAAGGCCGAGCAGCCAUCUACGGCUAAGCAGGAUUCCCCCGCCGAGCUGGGCAGUCCAGCCGCUAAGCAGGAUUCCCCCGCCGAGCCGGGCGGUCUAGCCAAAGCAGACUCUCCCACCCCUGGACGGGAGGCCGCCGCAGCGCCCUCAGCGCCCCUCCCUCCGGAGCACUGGGCUCAGAUCCAGCAGGACGACGAGGAGCACGAGCGCGACUCUGCUCUUGGCGAUGAUGCAGCCAGCUCGACGGCAUCCCUCACCUCCAGUAUCCUUCACUAUCGGACCAUCAAGGGUCGGACGUUUCACAGCGAGAGGGGCAACGCCCAGUACUGGGGCACAAAUGAUGACAGUCACAGCGAGUCCUUGGAUAUAUUACAUCAUCUCUUCACGCUCUGUCUCGAAGGAGAGCUCCACUUGGCGCCUAUCAAGGAGCCGAGGAAAAUACUCGAUAUCGGUACAGGCACGGGAAUUUGGGCCAUCGAUAUGGCGGAUAAGUUCCCCGACUGUGAGGUGAUUGGCACCGAUAUUUCGCCUAUUCAGCCCACUUGGGUUCCUCCGAAUCUUAAAUUCGAGAUCGAGGACUGCACCCAGGACUGGACAUUCCCAGCCGGAGAGUUCGACCUGGUACAUAUACGGUACCUACUCGGAUGCAUCGUGGACUGGACGGCCUUCUUCAAGCAGGCCUACAGGUGCUGCAAGCCCGGCGGCUAUCUCGAGAGCUACGAGGCCUCCCCCAUGGUCCUGUCCGACGACGGGACCCUCCCGGAGACGAGCGCGACGGCCCAGUGGAGCCAGCUGUUCAUCGAGGGCGGCAAGGCGAUCGGGCGGAGCUUCACCAUCGUCGACGAGGGCAUCCAGAAGAAGGCCAUGGAGGAGGCCGGGUUUGUCGACGUCCAGGAGAAGAACAUCAAGGUUCCCAGCGGCGGAUGGUCCGCAGACCCUAAACUGAAGGAGAUUGGCUUGUUCGCACAGAUGGCCGUGCACCAGGACAUUGAAGGCUUCAUCCUGUUUCUGACCGUUGCCCUAAAAUGGUCUGAGGAGCAGGUUCAGGUGUACAUGGCGCACCUGCGGCGGGAAUUCCGCGCCGGGAAGUUCCAUGCCUACUAUUGGCAAAAGGUUGUCUGGGGCCGGAAGCCGGAGGCAUAGGAUAUGGAUGGGUUACUCUGACGGGUUGCUCAAUAUUUUUUCUUCCUUUUUUCUUUACAUAGCAUACAUACCUAGUCAGGUUGUCAAAUUCUAG